UCUUCCCGGGGCCGACCGCAUCGCGAUUCGGACGGGCGCGAUGGUGAUCGCGAACUGCGAGGCGAUCAACUGCUUGCGAAAGGCCGGCGUGCCAGAGGAGCAGCUGCUCCCCGUCCAAGGGGGCGAGAGACUGCCGCUGUUUACGCGGGAAGUUCGCCUCCGGGCGCAACGGGGCGAGGUGCCCCUGGCUGCGUGGCCGCCGGGCCGGCCGCCGUACCCGCACCACAGUCUCGCUGCGCUCUCCGUCCACGUCUGGCCAUCCCUCCAUGCCUUUGUGCCGUUUCCUCACCCGCAGAUCAUGGACACCGGGGUCGUCUACACGGAUGACGAGCCGUACGCGAGCACGCUGGACAUCACGCUCGGCAUGAAAUACGGCCUGCUGAGACUGCGCGACGUGGUCCCGGCGGAGCAAAUGGACGAUGGGAUGAGGUCGUUCUGCGACUACGUCGACGACCGCGAGAAGCACGUGUUCUCGCAUUGCGACGGCGGCCAGCUCAUGUACAACUUUAUCAUCGACGGCAAGGCGCUGCUCUGGAGCGCGCACCUAGGCGGCUACGAGGGCAUCCUGAAGAGCAUCGAGCCGAAGCCCCAGAUUGCGAUCCUGGCGAUCGCCGGGCGAGCCAACCUGGACGGCAGACCGUUUCGCGGGGUCGGCCGCCCAGUUUGCGUCCAAGCUCGUCCGGUGGUUGGGGCAGCCGAGGCAGGUCAUCUGGUGCUUACACGAUGAGAGGU